AUGGCGCUGUCAUUCGGGGCGCUGAUGCCUCUGAGCCACGUGCUGCGAGGCAGUGCGCGCGGGAAUGAGCCCGUCAUGUUUCGAAGCCACUUGCACACGGUUGCUCUUCGUCCAGAAUCUAGAAGGCAGUCCUGGUGCAGCACCUGCUUAUUAGCAAUGAGCACUGCGGCCGCGGUGCGCCAGACACGCCAAUGCGAGCUGCGCGUGAGGGAGGAGGAUCGAAGAAAAUGCUCUGCAGAAGUCAUGCUUGACUUUGAGCGCAAGGGUUUCCUCAGAAUGCCAGAGAUUCUAUCACCAGAGGAAGUGAGCUCAGUGAGAAAGACAGUGUAUGCAGUGCGCAGCUCGGACGAGUGUGUCCUCCAAGGGCUGCGGCAUCAGAUCAGGGUUCAAUUUGGUGCAGAGGAUGCCAGAGCUUGCUCUGAUGUGGCAGCUUGUCGGGCUAAGCUGAGAGGCCUCGAAAAGCGUGGGCAGAUCAGCUUCCUGCAGUACUUCAACCUCCAUCGACGCAGCAAGAAGCUUCGGGAAGUUGCAACCUCUCCUCGCUUGGCCUUCUGGGCCUCGCGCCUGCUGGGCGUUCCACGGGUGAGGCUCUACCAGGACUCGCUUUUUGAAAAGCGCCCCGGCGAUGGGGCGACUGACUGGCAUUCAGACCUCGGUCUGGCACCGUUCGACACGAAUAGUUUCCUGACCAUUUGGCUGCCCUUGACAUCUAUCUCCGCCAAGGGCUCGUCAUUGGUUUAUGCCAUUGGAAGCCACAGAGAUUUUGCGCUCCCUUUCCAUGGCGAUAUGGAUGAAGACUUGAGUGGCCGAUACAAGCUUCACCGCACCGGUGUUAUCCAUCCCGGAGAUGCCACUGUACACCACGGGUGGACACUGCACAGCAGCACUGGCGUCCCUCGCGCUGGGCCUCUGCGCCUGGCCUGGACGUUAGGCUUUGUAGCCGAUGGCGCGCGGCUUCUUCGUAAGGGCGAGCUUUGGGACUGCGAGGAUGCAGUGUCCUACGAGGACUGGGCCCGCGAACUGGGCCCCGGAGCGCGGGUGGACCACCCCAUGGUCCCGCUGCUGCCAGAAGCUUGA